GUUAAUAUUAUAUUUUAUUAAUACCAUAGAACAAUACUACUGUCUACCAAUACCAGAGAGGUCUUCAUGGUGAUUGGUGGUAUAGUUUUAAUUACUUGUUGAGCAUUUGGUUUUUGUUAUUUAUUCAUUUGAUAUUUAACAGGUUUACAUUUAAAAUUGUAUUUAGUAGUUACUUUUUUUAUUGUUAAAAUUAGAUCAUUAAUUUUUGAAUAUAUACAACCGUCACCAAUACCUUAAUGAUAUUAUGAAUAUUAUUGUUGAUGAAGUAUUACAACAUUUGGAAUCAUCUCUGUCUGCUAAAUUUGACUAUAGCAGUGUGCAUAAAUCACUAGACUUUUUAUUUCAAAAAUCUUUGAAUGACUCCCAAACUGAAAAUUUAAAGGUUGCAUUAACAAGUGUUGAAGCUGUCUUAGAAAAAGUAUGGGAGUCUCUUCAUACUGGCUCCUGGGCUGAAGCUCCAGAUGGUAUGCGUAAACUUUAUUCACAUGCUAGUUUGCUCAAGGCCAAACUAUUAUUGAAAACUGGCAAUGAUGAAAGAAUGUUGAAAAAAACUAUUAAAGCAAUUGAUGUGGGGUUGCUAAUGGGCAAUGAAUUUAGAAAUGAACUAACUGUAGCUGCAUCAUUAUUAUGUAAAGCUCUGCAUCAGACGUUUUCUGAGGUUCCAGUUAAAUUGUGUGAUAAUAGAGAAUCGUUUAACAGUUGUGAAUUUCGUAAAAAUGGUAAUCAUGUUCUAACAUUGCAUCAACCAUCCUUAGAAACAUUUUUAAGAGAUUUUCUUAAAUCUAAAACACCUGUUAAAAUCACAGGUAAUAUGGAACACUGGCCUGCUUUAAAUAAAUGGAAAGAUUUAAAUUAUCUUGUAAAAUUAGCUGGAGCUAGAUUAGUCCCUGUUGAAAUAGGAUCAUCAUAUGCAGAUGCUGAUUGGAGUCAAAAAUUAAUAACUCUUGAAGAAUUUAUUAACACUCAUGUUGUUCAAGAAGGUGAAAAACCAACAUACCUUGCUCAACAUCAACUUUUUAAUCAAAUUCCAGAAUUAAAAGAUGAUAUUAGAGUUCCAGAUUAUUGUUAUUUAUCAGACAUAGAUGGUGUUGAACCCGAUAUAAAUGCAUGGUUAGGUCCUAAAGGAACUGUGUCUCCUACACAUUAUGAUCCAAAGAAUAACUUUUUGGCUCAAGUAGUAGGAUCAAAAUAUAUUAUUUUGUAUGACCCAAAAUGGUCUGAGUAUUUGUAUCCAUACGAUGAUAAAUUUCUUAAGAAUACUGCACAGGUAGAUCCAGUUAAGCCUGAUUUGAGUCAAUUUCCCAAUUUUUCUCAAGUAAAAGCAACACAUUGUACUUUAAAUGAAGGUGAGAUGUUAUUCAUACCAUCUGGUUGGUGGCACAGAGUUGAAUCUCUUUCAGUGAGUUUUUCUGUCAGUUUUUGGUGGAUGUAAGUCAAAAUGAAUAGUUGUUAAUUUUUAUCCAUUUGAAUUUAUGUUAUUGUUAAAUUGUGUUCUGAACUGAAAUUAAAACAAAUGUGAUGCACUUAAA